UUAAACAAGAAAAUCAUUUAGGACCAGCGCAGGCUGAUAAAAGGAGAAAGUUAAUUCCAGCAUAAUUCGGCUCCUCUGAUUAAACCCAGUUCAGCGAGAUUUUAAGUUGAUUACCAGGGAAGAAUUUUUCGCCAUCUGACGAUGAGUUUCGACAAGAUUAAAGUCCAAAACCCCAUCGUAGAGAUGGACGGCGAUGAAAUGACUCGAGUGAUAUGGAAAUAUAUCAAAGAAAAGCUCAUACUUCCUUUCCUGGAGCUAGACAUAAAGUACUUUGACCUUGGUAUUCAUCACCGUGAUGCUACAAAUGACAAAGUUACAGUUGAAAGUGCAGAAGCCACCCUUAGGUAUAAUGUGGCAAUUAAAUGUGCAACCAUUACUCCAGAUGAGGCCCGUGUUAAAGAGUUUAACUUGAAACAGAUGUGGAGAAGUCCAAAUGGGACCAUUCGUAACAUCUUGAAUGGGACAGUAUUUAGAGAACCAAUCAUAUGCAAAAAUGUCCCUCGGCUUGUGCCAGGUUGGACCAAGCCGAUAUGCAUUGGGAGACAUGCCUUUGGGGAUCAGUAUCGAGCUACUGAUUUAGUAGUUAAAGGAGCUGGAAAACUCAAAAUGGUUUUUGUCCCAGAUCGAGGUACUAAGGGUGUUGAAAUGGAGGUGUUCAACUUUACUGGACCUGGUGGCGUAGCUCUGUCAAUGUAUAACACUGACGAGUCUAUUCGUGCUUUUGCGGAGGCCUCGAUGAACACUGCUUAUCAGAAGCUUUGGCCGCUUUAUCUUAGCACCAAAAAUACCAUUCUGAAGAAUUAUGAUGGAAGGUUUAAGGAUAUCUUCCAAGAAGUUUAUGAAAAAGAAUGGAGGUCCAAGUUUGAGGCUGCUGGGAUUUGGUAUGAACAUCGUCUUAUAGAUGAUAUGGUUGCUUAUGCUCUAAAGAGUGACGGAGGUUAUGUCUGGGCUUGCAAAAACUACGACGGAGAUGUUCAAAGUGACUUUUUAGCCCAAGGAUUUGGAUCUCUAGGUUUAAUGACAUCAGUGCUGGUCUGUCCGGAUGGAAAAACAAUUGAGGCAGAGGCUGCACACGGUACAGUCACGCGCCAUUACAGAGUGCAUCAAAAGGGAGGCGAGACUAGCACUAACAGCAUAGCAUCGAUCUUUGCAUGGACACGGGGACUUGCACACAGAGCAAAGUUAGACGGAAAUUCCAAACUCUUGGAUUUCACAGAGAAAUUAGAAGCUGCUUGCAUUGCAAGUGUGGAGUCUGGAAAGAUGACCAAGGAUCUUGCCAUUCUUACUCAUGGAGCUAACGUGUCUAGAGAUCAGUAUGUGAACACUGAAGAGUUCAUUGAUGUCGUGGCUGAGGAGUUGAGACGUAGGCUGUGGAAGAAGGCAAAGCUAUAGUCGGAGUGUCGGAGCUCCAUGCUUGUUGUGCAAAGCUAUAGUUUCUCUUAUUAAUCCGACUGUGAUUGAUUUAUCAAAAAUUGUACAGUACUAUACUUUCAACAUAGUUUCUGUAGUAACUAGUGCUGAAACGUUUGGCCGAAAGUCACUUUGUAUGCAUCAGCUUUACAUCGCAUUCUACUAUCCAAGUCGAAUGAAAUAGUAAUAAAAUUCAGACUGAAAAUUCAUUACAAA